GACACAGUUUGAGCCAAGUUCGAAAACAGUUUAGCUUCAAACAUCGUCACGUUGAGAUAACUCGUUCGCAAAAAUUAUAUCGCGAAUAGCGGUUAAAUUCGUUAAGCCAAAAAUAAAAGAAAUAAUUAAACAAAUACAAAAACAAUAAUUGUAUGUGCCAGUGGAAUUGAAUGAAAUAAUUAAAUUACAAAAAAAAAAUAUAAAAAAAUAAACGAAAUAGAUAAAAUAAAAACGUUUAAACGCAUUAAAGCAAACAAGUUAAAUAAACUAAAUUUAAAUAUAAUUAGUGGAAAGGCAUUCAACAAUAGCCAAGCUGGGUGCUGUUUUUAACAAAAGAGUUGAGUUUUUCGAAUUUUUAAGUGCGGUAACUUAUUUAGUUGUGGCAAAAAUGCCAACAAAUACAGUUGCCUAAAUAAAUUUGCAUUUAUUUAUUGCGAUUUGUGGAGUCGGCUGCAAAAAAUAAAAUAAAAACCAAACCGUGAAAUUCAAAAUUCCUAAACCGAAAACGAAGAAAGAACAACACAGAUUCAAUGUGUAGCACAAAAAGAACAACAAAACUUUAAACAAACAAAUAUUUGAAAAACAAAAACACUUAACAAAUAUUUUCUCCGCAAUCUGAUAACGUCGAUCAGAUUUCAAGAAUAUAAAAGAAUAAAAGAAAAGUAAACCAGCAAAGACAAUAUUUACACGAAAAGAGCAGAGCGCACAUUACAUACACACCAAGAAUACACGUGCACUGGGCAUUGUGUGUGUGCGUCUGCGCGCAAAUUCUACGCCAACGCGACAAAUAAACUCGUACUUACAUACAUACGACUUUCCCAAACACCACUGUUGUUGGUGCAUAGAAAAAAGUGACAGUUGACAGGUAGUCGUAGUUUUGCUUUUUGCGGUGGAGUGAGUGACAAGCGUCGCAUACACAAUGAAGACAAAUCCAGCGUUGGAUCAUGUGUACGUCAACGACGGCUUCAAAUGUUCUUCGAUCAGCAUAACAACGAAUGGUACAGAGCAGAACGGUGGUAGUGGCGGAUCACAAGGAUCAAACGAAUUUAUAUUAACCAAAGACGGCAAGAAAAUGAUUCCACCUGUAAAAACAUUGGAUUGCGCCAAAGCGUGGGUCCAAGAUCGCACGAGACGUACUUUUAAUCGCAAGACACUCCACAAACGCCUGCCUAUAUUUAGUUGGUUACCUAAAUAUUCCAAGGAAGAUGCAGUUGGUGAUGUGGUCGCUGGUCUCACAGUGGGUUUAACUGUAAUACCUCAGGCGUUGGCGUAUGCCGGUGUUGCCGGUCUGCCUGCAGCAUACGGCUUAUAUGGUUCCUUCUUAGGUUGCUUUAUUUACAUUUUCCUCGGCAACUGUAAGGAUGUACCAGUCGGCCCCUCGGCCAUAGUAGCGCUACUAACCUUCCAAACAGCCAAAGGCUCAUGGCAAUUAGCGGUGUUGCUUACGCUACUUUGUGGCAUUGUUGAAUUGUUUAUGGGCAUUUUCGGUUUGGGUUUCCUAUUGGAUUUCGUCUCCGGCCCCGUCUCAUCGGGUUUUACAUCAGCUGUAUCGUUGAUUAUUGUUGCUUCACAAGUGAAAGACAUAUUGGGUAUACCGGCGCCCGGCACUACGUUUCUGGAAAUUUUAACACAUAUUUAUGAGAAUGUUAAAGAGACGCGUGCCUCCGAUACAGUCUUGGGUGUCACUUGCAUUGUAGUGCUGUUAAUGAUGAGGCUACUUUCAUCAUUCAAACUCGGCCCCAAGGAACCUACCCAACGCACAAAGACCCAAAAUGUGCUCAACAAAAUUAUUUGGCUCGUCGGCACCUCACGUAAUGCCAUUCUGGUUGUGGUCUGCGGCGUCUUGGCUUACAUAUUGAAUACCGAAAGUGGCAGUAUACCGUUCCGUGUUAUCGGUUAUAUUCCCGCAGGCAUGCCCGCUGUACAACCACCGCCAUUUCGCAUGACUGCCAAUGAAACACUCUCGGGUCGCGACGAAGGCUUUAUUGAUAUGGUGAAAAAUUUGGGUUCCGGUUUAAUUGUAUUGCCACUUAUAUCGUUGAUGGAGACUGUAUCGAUUGCUAAAGCUUUUGGCAAUGGCAAACCAGUGGACGCCUCGCAAGAACUUAUCGCAAUUGGUGUUGCAAAUAUUGCCAAUGCUUUCGUGCAAAGUUUCCCAUCCACCGGCGCACUCAGUCGUGGUGCGGUCAAUAAUGCCAGUGGCGUGCGCACUCCCCUCAGCAAUAUCUAUUCAAGCAGUUUGGUUAUACUUGCAUUGAUCUUCUUUACACCAUAUUUCUUCUUUAUACCGAAAUCAACCUUGGCGGCGAUCAUUAUUGCGGCCGUUAUGUUUAUGGUGGAAGUGCGAGUUAUUAAGCCAAUGUGGCGAGCGAAAAAAAGUGAUCUUGUACCCGGUUUAGGCACAUUCAUCGCCUGCUUAGUUUUACCACUGGAAAUCGGCAUACUAAUCGGUGUUGGCUUGAAUGUCAUCUUUAUUCUGUACCAUGCUGCACGUCCCAAGAUCACAACAGAAAUACUAACCACAUCAGCGGGUAAUGAGUACCUUAUGAUUACACCAGAUCGUUGCUUGAUGUUCCCCUCGGUGGAUUAUGUGCGGAAUUUGGUGACGAAACAGUCGCUGCGUCAAAAUGUGCCCGUCGUUAUUGAUGCGUCUCACAUUUAUGGUGCCGAUUUUACUGCAGCGACCGUUAUAGAAUCGCUGCUUGGUGAUUUUACAGCGCGCUCACAGCUCUUGUUCUUCUACAAUUUAAAACCCAGUAUUUGUGCGUUAUUCGAAACGUUAUCAACGGAUUUUGUUGUCUAUUAUCAAGAGGAGCAGUUGGACCAAUUGCUGAAAGAUCGUAAUUAUGAGCAAAAGAAAACGAUAACGGUGUAGGAAAUGUGCGCAAUGGGUAAUAAUGGUGUAAACCGUUAUGCUCGUGCUAAUGGCUAAAAUGUGAUUGUGUUGGUUCUUUGAGAUCGACACGAAAAAAAUGGUUGGUUAACUGUUAACUAUGCUUGCUUGUUUUAGAUUUUACAAAUCCUAUGCAUAUAUGUACAUAUGUACGUAUGUAUGUAUGUACAUAUGUAUUUUUUAAUUUGUUUAUUAUUUGUAUGAAUUGCGACAUUGCUAAACAGAUACGUCCCUAAUGUUUAAUAUAUUUUUCGCACCAAGCACUUACAUGUAUACACACAUACAUACAUACAUACAUACUGGUACGUUCACUCAAGUAAAGUAUGUAUCGUAUUAAUACAUACCUACGUAUUUAUUAACUAUUUUGUAAUAAUGUUGAAAACACUACACAAUGGAGUAUUAUAUUAGUAUUGAGAGCCAAAAAGAGAUAACUAAGUUCUUUUUACAAUUUUACAUAACGAAUUAUGUAUUUGUAUCUACUUUAAAAUCAAAGUGCGCUUAGUCCAGCCCUAAUACAUAUAAAUUAGAAUACUGUAAAUAUCGUAUUUAUCUUUAGCAUUAAGAUACGAAUUUAUUCAAAUCAAAUGUGAAAUACAAAUACAAGAAGAAACAUAGAAAGGCUAAGCACGUUAUGUAUGUAAAUAUAUCAUAUAUUAUUUUACGACAGAACGAAUUUUUGAAAGGUUUUUACCCUUAACUGUUGUGUUAUUAAAUAAUUAUUUAUUUGUAUCAUUAAAAGUGGAAAUAUUUAUGUAUGUAUCUCAAACUCUUUGCAUUCCGCAUUGCGAUCGUACAAGUAAUUUCACUAAAACAAAAAAUAUAUUUAAAUAUGAAAGUCAUAAAAUGCUAGUGAGUCUUAAACCAACUGUUUCAAAUUAUUUUUAAUUAUUUUAAGUAAAGAUUUGUUAAUGUUUAAGUAUAUAGUAUUAGUUACUGCUUAAUUAUUUAUUACGUUUUAGUGCAAUAAAGAGAGAAGUUCAAGUCCUAAAUUUU